AAGGGGACGGUGAUAGCGUCCAACAAGGUGUCUAGCAGAGUUCUGUCCGUCUCCUUCUCUGGAAGACAACAGCUACUUGGAUCACGGCAGGAAACCGACAUGUCAAGUUCUGGUGAACAGCACGGUGCCUCUGAUUGGCCGAUCAGGAUUGCUAGGGGAACAGAGGAACAGCAUGUUCUGUGGUCUGUCGUGGUGGGCGGGGCAACAUGGCCAGCAGCACCUAUUGCAUCACUUCCUCUGGCCUGCUGUGUCAGUUCCAACAGCAGGAGGAUGCUUGACGCCUGGGUGGACCUCAAGACCACCUCUGCUCGCUGUCUGUCGGUGAACGAAGUGUUUAUCUUCUGUGGCUGUGCAGAUGGUACCGUCCGCCUCUUCAGCCCCCAGAACCUUCAUUACAUCACCACCCUGCACCGGCCACACUGCCUGGGAGUGGACGUCACACAGGGCCUUCAGCCAGGGCAUCUUUUUGUUGCCGACCCCAAGGCAGAAUACCCAGACACCCUAGCCUUGACCUUUGACCCUGUAACCCGUCACCUGACCUGUGUGUACAACGAUCACAGCGUGUACGUCUGGGACGUCCGUGACAUCAAGAAUGUAGGGAAGGUCUACUCUGCCCUCUACCACAGCGGCUGUGUCUGGAGUCUAGAG